AUGGCGAAGAAAAAAGCCCCAAUGCUGACCAACGUCGACGACAUGGACAAUGAAGGCCGUGUCCGUCUGACGCCCCCUCAAAGGCAUCCAAUUCCAGCUGACACCGUGGAGUUGGUGGUUGUUGGAGAUCAAUCCAGUGGGAAAUCUUCCCUUCUUGAGGGUCUUACUGGCUUCUCCUUUCCAAUUGCUAGUGAUUUAUGUACAAGAUAUGUGACCCAGAUUGUCCUUCGCCGCACGAAGCCGGAGGAUUCUGGAACUAGGAUCACAAUCAUUCCCGGACCGAGUGCCAGUGACGGGCACAGGGAAAACCUACUUAGCUUCGAACGGUCUUCUCAAGAGGAAGAUCUCGAUAGUAGCGAGAUUGCAGACAUUUUUAACGAGGCGAGUGGACGCGCCGCUCGCCACAUGGGUGUCCCUGGACCGAAUACAACGGACCCAGAGCACUUUGAUAAACGCUUUUCAGACGACAUUCUGAAAAUCGAAAUUUCGGGUCUACAGCAAAGACACCUGAGUGUUGUUGACGUUCCUGGGCUCUUCCAUAAUCCGACCCAGUACCAAACCCUUGAGGAUCGCGCAAUUAUUCGUGGCCUGAUUGAGAAAUACAUCACCGACAAGCGCACAAUCAUCUUAGCCGUGAUGGAUGCAAGAAACAAUCUUGCCAAUCAAGAAGUAUUCAAUAUGGCCCGGAGUGCAGAUCCCCAGGGUAGCCGAACCGUCGGUAUCAUAACGAAGUGUGAUGCUGUCCAAGAGGGUGAUGAAGAGAACGACAAGGUCAUUAGAAUUGCCCAAAAUGAAGUGGAGAAGCUUCAUCACGGUUGGUUUGCGGUCCGCAAUCGUUCAACAAAGGAGAUACAGAACGGGGUGACGAUCGAAGGGCGCCAUCAUAUAGAGAGCCAUUUCUUUUCCACGGAACAUCCUUGGACGAAACUGAGCAAGGACCGAGUGGGCAUUAAAUGUCUCAAACUCUUCCUUGGAGGACUUUUGUAUAGUCACAUCAAAGGGGAAUUUCCAGGGAUGGUAAAGGAGAUUGAAGAUCUCUCGCAAGAGACACAGAAAGAGUUGGAGCUACUCGGUCCUUCUCGCCAGACGACUGUUGAUCAGAGACGAUACUUGACUCAGAUUGGAACAUUAUACGAAAGGCACGUGGGCAAUGCGCUCAGUGGCAAUUACGAUCCCACUUGGGAUAGCAAUAGUCCGCUGAAGCUACGCAUGCACAUUCAUAGUCUCAACGAACUCUUUGCGAAAGACAUGGCACAUUACGGGCAUUUAAAAAUUUUCCAGACAGUCUCAGGAGAAGUUGACGGUAGUUUCGACCGGAGCGCUGGUGAUCAGCAAAAUAUUUAUGAGUGGAUCCGAACUCUGUACCGUGAUUCGCGUGGUGCCGAACUUCCCGGGACAGUAAACCCAGCUGUUCUCGAGAAUAUGUUCCGGCAGCAAUCAUCUCCCUGGGAAAGGAUCGCCCAGGACUAUGUUGAGAAGGCUUCUUCAAAAAUCUCCGACUUCAUUCGGAUGAGCCUCGAGAAGAUCGUUGGGGACGAUGAGGUAAGAGCCAGCCUGAUGUCACAGAUCGUCCGAAGGCAGACGACAACCUCUACCCGUGCCAUGGAGAUACUGUCCACCAUUCUCAGUGACGAGCGAGGCGGAAUCUUGCAGACCGUGAACCACUACUUUGCAGAUACACUUGCCGAAACACGGCAAGAACGCGUUAUGGCAAGGCUCAGGAGCUUAGACCUAGAAGGUGUCCCAAUGAACGUGACGGAUGUGUUAAGUGGAAUUCACCUGAGCAACGAACAACAAGCCGUCAAUGACAUACACGAUAUUCUGAAAGCAUACUACAAGUUGGCAUUGAAACGAUUUUGUGAUACCGUCAUUCUUCAGGUGACCGAACGAUGCUUACUAGGCCAAGAUGCAGCCAUUCGCCUCCUUUCUCCUGAUCUUGCUGGUGGAAUGACUGAUAGGGAGCUAGCAGAUGUUGCCGAAGAAAACUUUGCGACCUCGACAAUUCGAAACGACCUGCUCUCCAGAAUCCAGAGGUAUCAGAGGGCCUUGGAUAUUGUGAGACAAGUAGGUGGUUCAACAUUCCGUACACCAUGCGUAUAUCAUUAUGAUAUGAUGGCUUCUGGAAUAAUUCAACAUUAUGCCAGGGCUUCUGUCGACAUUUAUCUUAACCUACUGCCUUUUAUGUUAUUUGGGAAUAGCUAUCUUAGGCUUCUUAUGUAUCAUGUUAUUCUGGUGUUCUCGAUAUCUGCUAUAUGGCUCGGCAAUUCACCGCGAUUCUAUCUAUUUCAAUAA